CGUUGCCAUGGCUGUGUGAGCAGCUGGGAAUUCAUCGCGAUGGGUGGCGUCGCCCUGGCUAUAAACUGUACCACGUUGCUGGGCUGCUUCUGGCUGCCCAGAGAGUCAGAUGUUCAAGAGAAUAAUGGACAGAAAGCUCAGCUCGCAGUUAGUCACUAAAAGUGUUGACCAGAUUUUCAAAAGAACUCAGCAUGUUUGGUGUGGAACACUCCUGAAAAUAUGGCCAUUUAUCUUUGGUGAGGAUAGCUGAGUUGAAAGUGACGAAAUAAGUCUGCUGGAGAGAUGAUGAAGUUAUCAGACAUUAGGGUGCAUCUCUCCUUCUGGAUUUUACCCGUGUGGAUUUUGGAAGACUACAAGAAUUCUUCGAGUUGAAGCUGUAUGACUGCCAAAUGUCUGGUGGAGAUGUAGUUUCCACAUCUGCUUACUCAUCCCCGGCUAAAAGUUUAGGAGACCCUGGAAUAACACCUUUGUCUCCAUCACAUAUUGCGGACCCUGAUGCAAAUGACACUAUAGAGCAGUCGUUUCUUGUUGUUGUGGCUAUUGAUUUUGGCACAACAUCCAGUGGUUACGCCUACAGCUUCACCAAGGAGCCAGAAUGUAUUCAUGUAAUGAGGCGUUGGGAAGGUGGUGAUCCUGGUGUAUCCAAUCAGAAGACUCCAACUACUAUCCUUUUAACACCAGAAAGAAAGUUUCAUAGUUUUGGUUAUGCAGCCAGAGAUUUCUAUCAUGACCUGGAUCCCAAUGAAUCCAAGCAUUGGUUAUACUUUGAAAAGUUUAAGAUGAAGCUACACACCACUAGUAAUCUCACCAUGGAAACAGAUCUGACAGCUGCAAAUGGCAAAAAAGUCAAAGCACUUGAAAUAUUUGCUUACGCCCUGCAGUUCUUUAAGGAACAGGCAUUAAAGGAGCUAAGUGAUCAAGCUGGCUCAGACUUUGAAAACUCUGAGGUAAGAUGGGUCAUUACAGUGCCUGCUAUUUGGAAACAGCCAGCAAAGCAGUUUAUGAGACAAGCCGCAUACAAGGUAAGACUGCAAAAUGAAAGAGAAGAAAUAACCCCCUUAAAUCCUUAGUAAUCAUUCUAAAGCAUUUGUCCUGUAUCAGUAGGAAGAAUAUAUUCUGCAUAAAAGCAUGUCAAAGAGAAAGGAAAUGGACUGAGUUAAAAACAUUGGAGUUAGCCACCCAAAAAUAGUGUGUACCAAAUUGUAUGUUUUCACUGCAGGCUCUGAUCCUUCAGUCAUUCUGUGUCCUGGACUGCCACUGUACUCAGUGAAAGCUCUGCAUGUGGAACAGAUGCAGAAUUGAGGCUCGAGAACCAGACACUUUAAAUACGAGUUAUAUCUUUUUCUUAACUGUCAUCACUGGCAUCUUAAUUUAAAAAAAUAGGAUAAGAGGGCAGAACUCAUCUUUGUGGAAUUAUUUCUAUUUUGCCAAUAUUCCCACAAUAGGAAUAACUUGGACAGCCUGGAUAGAAAAUUAAAUGCAAACAUGGAUUUCACUUGAGAAACGGAUUAUAUUCAUUUAAAAACCCUGAAAUCCUUCUAGAAAAUUCAUACAAUGUCUAUCUGUCCUUUCAGACUCAGUUUGUGUCUUUGGUAUGUGAGAUGUACAUAUCCUUCUUUUUGUUAGUAUACACAGUGCUGGAAUAUUGUGUAUAGUGGGAGUGCUGAAAGUCAUUGAACCAUGUGCAAGGCUGCCAGAUUCCACUGGUUUCCAUUUGCGUAGUUUUUUCCUACCGGUUUUAAUAAUGCGACACACAUGUAAAGCAGGGGCACAUGAAAUGAGGUGAAUGCUGAUUGUAUACAGCCUUGACAGUGAGAGCCAUGGACUCUCUCUGCAUUCAAGAGUGCUGCUAUGGUUCAAUCAGCAUGCCCCAUGAAUUCCAUGUAGGUAGGCACUGUUAGCAGAACUACCCUACCCCGGGAGGCUGUCUUGGAUACAGCAACCUUGUGGCCCACUGAGAUGAAGUUAUACUACUCAUAUGGCCCACUCACUAGCCUACGUUGUCCAUUGCUGCUAUAUAUAUGGAAACUAUUUCAAGCACCCCUAAUUCCAACACCUAUAUUAGGGUAUUCAUUUUGUAUUUUUGAUUUUUCUGGCCAUUAAGAACUACAUGUCCCAGUAGCAGUAUGUAUUCAGUGCAUAGUUUGUAAGAUUUCUAGGGGUUCACAAGUAACCCCCCAAAGCAUUAUAAGGAGACACCCAAGUUUUUUGGAUUCUGUUCUUCCUAUCUCUAAUGUUGAGCAACAUUUUUCUUAACAGUCUGUAUUGUGGGAUUGCUAUUGAUAGUGCCAGAAGCAAAACACACUUAAAGUUCUGAUGGAAGAACACAGUUAUAGGUAAAUCUGAAAUGCAAGAGACCCAUCUGUUAUCUAUGUAUAUUGUUGUCUGCCUGCUGUCUAUGUGCAUGUGUGCUCAUGAAAUGCGAGCUAUGAAAGGAGAAAGAUAGAGUAGUUCUACUGACAUUUCUCAUUUGUGGCACAGUGGAAUGUUGUUGAAUAGUGUCUAUGUCUGUGACUGUGUUUUUUUUUAUCAACAAGCUUGAUAAAUAGUGAGGACUUACAGGGCUUUAAAGGAGGAUGCGUGAAUAGUUGAAGAAAAAUGAAAAGAAAUGGAGAAAUAAUCAGAUAUAUACUUGAAAUACAAAUUGACUCUUAAAAAUGUAAAUAUAACAGCAAAAGAAGAAAACUGAUUCUUUUGGUUCGUAGUCUUAUGUAUUCCAACUGUCAGAUCCACCCUGUUGCUCAAACCAACACUUGCAACAUUUUUUUAAAAAUUGAGCCUUUGCCACUAAAUAUUUGAACAUGCAAGCAUCUAAAAAAUGAAGAUUUGCUGCCACAAGAAUAUCAGGGUAUAGAAACAAGUAGAGGAAAGUAUGAAGAGAUAACAAGUGAUCACUUUGUAAUUGUAAAUAUUCUGCAUUUUGGUUAGUCUAAUCUGGUUGAUGGUGGCUUGAAUCUAUGAGUUCGGGAUGGGGGGAAUCUGUCUGAGAGAGCUGGGGCAGGCAGUAUAACAUAAGAAGGGUGAAUAUCUUGGGCAAAGAAUAAACAUGUUCAGUCAUUAAUUUAUAGUGUACAGCUUUUGGGACAAACUACUGAAAAGGAUUUUGCAGUCUGUGGUGAAAGGUUCUUCCACCCAUGUCAGAUGGGUUUCCAAGUAGAAGCCAAAUAUCUCCUGGAACUAUGAAAACUGAGAGGAUAUAACCCUGCUAUGUCAUGGCCAGUAUUGCUGAUUCCCGUGUCACAGGGAGUCAGUAGAGAUCCCCCUAUUUCCUGGCCUCUGCUUAUUCUCCCCUACCAUUAGAUGGCGCAUUAUAGUGAUGUGGUUAUAUAUUCAGGGGAUUGAUUUGCCCAACACUCUUGCACUGAAAUCAGCAAGAUUUUGUGAUUAACUUCAAUAGGUAUUGAGCUAGAGCAGGCGUGGGCAAAAACCUUUCAGCAGGCUGGAUCCAGCCCACAUUGGGCUUUGAUCCAGCCUGCGAGGGGGGAAGGAGCUCAGCCCUGCUGCUCCACCCCCCACGCUGUCGCUGGAGAAGAGGAAGCACUGGGGCUGAGGUUCCUUAACAGGGCCAGCCCCGGAUGGGCUGCUUCCGCAACCACAUGGUCUGGGGCUAA